GCCGCGGUUACUUCCUGAAUCAGGGUUAGCUUCGCUGCUGUCUCUGCUGGUAGCAUGUAGAUGAGAGCCGAGGACUCGAAGCAGGCUACCGGAGGGGACUUUCCUAAGUGGCGGACACAAAAAGAGGACUCUCGGUGACGACAUGGAUGUGCGGAGUGCCUUGGAGGUGUACAAGGAGAUGGCCCUGCUGUACCUGGAGGAGGGCCGGCGGCAGGUCAACGCGCGCUGCGGGGACAUGGAGCCGUGGCAGAUCAUCGGAGCGACGGUCAUCACCACGCUGGGAGCGCUGUGGGUCAAAGGCUUCGUCUUCCAGAAAGAAAGUCUCCCGUCCAGAAUCAAGAAGCUGUGCUUCCGUCUCAUCAGAAAAAUCCCCUUUGUUGGCGCAAACAUCCAGAGCCAGCUCAACAAGGCUUUGGACGACAUGUCUGCCAGUCUGUGCACGCUGAAGGAGGGGAUGAGCUACACCAAACAGCUGCCCUCCAAAGGCCUCUCACAGAGCCAAGUGCUGGACAAGAUCCGCGAGUACGAGACUCUGAAUGAGGUGCAGUGGGAGAACGGCUGCGUUUCGGGGGCCGUGUACUGGGGCGACGAAUCUCUGACCAAUCUGCUGGUGAAGGUUUACGGAGACUUUGCGUGGAGCAAUCCCCUCCACCCUGACAUCUUUCCUGGCGUGAGAAAGAUGGAGGCGGAGGUUGUCCGAAUGGCGUGCACGCUCUUCCACGGAGGACCCACCUCCUGUGGCACAGUUACUUCGGGAGGAACUGAGAGCAUCCUGAUGGCCUGCAAGGCGUACCGAGACAUGGCGUAUGAACGUGGUGUGACGUACCCUGAAAUUCUGGCACCCGUGAGCGUCCACGCGGCCUUCGACAAAGCAGCGCAUUACUUUGGCAUGAAGCUCGUCCACGUUGCCCUCGACAAGAACACCAUGCAAGUGGACGUGACGGCGAUGAAGAGAGCCAUCAACAAGAACACCGCCAUGCUGGUGUGCUCGACGCCUCAGUUUCCUCAUGGAAUCAUGGAUCCCGUCGAGGAAGUGGCAAAGCUGGCUGUGCGCUACAACAUCCCGAUGCACGUGGACGCCUGUCUGGGAGGUUUCCUCAUUGUCUUCAUGGCCAAGGCCGGAUUCCCACUCGCCCCGUUUGACUUCAGGGUCAAAGGUGUUACCAGCAUCUCUGCCGACACCCACAAGUACGGCUACGCCCCCAAAGGUUCCUCAGUGAUCCUCUACAGUGACACAAAGUACCGUCACUACCAGUACUUCGUAGCUCCGGACUGGCAGGGGGGAAUCUACGCCUCGCCCUCUGUUGCAGGCUCCAGGCCGGGCGGAAUCAUCGCCGCCUGCUGGGCGACCAUGAUGCACAUGGGGGAGGACGGAUACGUGAAUGCCACCAAGAAGAUCGUCAGCACGACACGCAAAAUCCAAAAAGAAAUCAGCAAGAUAAAGGGUGUGUUUGUUUUUGGGGAGCCGAAGGUGUCCGUAGUGGCAAUAGGCUCAAAUGAUUUUGAUAUUUUCCGUCUGUCUAAUGCGCUGACAUCAAAGGGCUGGAACCUGAACACACUGCAGUACCCGUCCAGCAUCCACAUCUGCUGCACAGUUCUGCACACGCAGUCGGGCGUCGCUGAUCGGUUCAUCCGUGAUGUCAAAGAGCAGGUGGCCAUCAUCAUGAAGAACCCCAAAGAGAAAACCACAGGGAUGGGGGCGAUCUACGGCAUGGCCCAGUCCAUCCCAGAUAGAUCCAUGGUGACGGAGAUCUCCCGAGGUUUCCUGGACUGUCUCUACAGCACCGAGGUGGCCAAGUCCAACACCAGCCACAUGAACGGCAACGGCAAAGCCCACUGAAGCAGGAUGGGGCCCCCCCGGCCCCCCUGCUCGCCUCCUCCAGGAGCCCCCGAGCCAGUGGCUCAAAGGUGGCCUUAUCUUGCAUACGUACACCAUACUGAGAAGACCCUUUGAAGCACAAGCCAUUCUCAUUUAAAAUCCUGUGUAACAUUGUGCCUGAGUGGCACAAGAAACAACUAGUUCCAAACGAGGUUUAGUCAUUUAAUUUUAUUAAUGUGGUGGAUUUUGUGGUUUUAUUUGUUUUUAAAAAGUUCAUUUCAAUUUUGUCUGUCAUAAUCUCAACCCACUUACACAGCAAAAAACCCAUUCCUUUUUUUAAAUUUCUUUUUUACUGCCGGAACAUUUCAGCUUGUUUUUUUACCAUCUGUCAUGACUCAGCAAAAAAAACAGACCACUGAAAGCUUGUUAGUAAAGCUAUGCUGCCCUCUGGCAUGAAAGCAGAGUUACUGCUUAAUGCGUGUGUGGAGGAGGCCUGACGGAGCUGAACGGUAUCAUCCUCAUCCCCAUCUUGCCAUAGUUUUUUUUUUUUGUUGUUUUUUUACUUAAAAGCAAUGCAGUCCGGUUAAUCUGUGAAUCCCCGCUCUUGUUCUAGUAGGCGUUUGUCUGGAAGCAUUUGUUAGCACUUAGUGUGAUGAUGAAACAUUGUGGACAGAGGGAGAGAUUUUGAUAGUGGGAGAUUUUAAUGUCAUCGAUAUUCAAUAAAAUGUACUAAAUUCAAAUAACAGCCCAUGAAUAUUUAGAAAGUGGUUUGUAAAUCCAAAGCUUUUUAGCCGCUUUGCUUAAAUGUCAUAUUUUUCAGAUUUGGUGCUUUAAGCAAUUUAACCUCCCGUCUCUAUCUGGACUGAAGGCUGUUUCCAAGUCUUCUCUACUACAUUUGAUCAAGAAGCAGAAAUACAGUAUUUCCUUCAUAGACACUCGUCUACCACUUAAAAAGGAAUCCAUUGUCUCCUAAUACGAUCUACCUCGGUUUCUUCUCAAUGCAUACGUAAUUUAUUCCUCCGACGAAACACAUUCUGCCCCCAUUUCUAUCAUGAUGAGCUUCCCAAUAUGACGGCAUUUAACAAGUGUUCUUAGAUACCGAUACUGAAUGGAGGCUUUAUAUCCACAGACUGACCAAUGUGAGUCCCAUGUUGGGAGAAAGUCCGCGCUGCCUGAGUGGGGCUUUAUUUUGGUAAAUGUCCAUUCAGCAGGAUAUUUACACGCUCCGUAACAGGUUGAAGCUUAACGGUGCUUCUAUAACACCAAAAUGACCUUGUCUAGAUCUUUCUUGUGCUUUCCUAAUAUUGCUUGUUGUAAUAGUGCAUUUCCAUUAGAAUAAUUCCAUGUUUGUGCAAUAUAUAAAUAUAUAACUUUUCCUUUUGAAGUGAAACCGCGGGGAUUGCUCUAUGAAUGUUUAAGAGAAGUCGCAUCGUAUUUUAUGAUCGCUUAUUGGCCUCGUUAUUGUAAUUUAACCAUUUGUGUGACCACUGGGUGUUUUUCGAUCGCUUCAUUUAAAAGUGUUUGUUUUCAGCUUUUGUGUUUACAUGCUAACGUUUUUAAAGAGAUUAAACAUGAAUGUAUCAAGGGACUUCAGUCAGCACCUUAAAGGACUGACAGACGUAAGAUUCCCAUUAGUGAUUGAAGCUUCUACAUCACAUGUCCAUCAUUUAAUACUGUGCCCAGUGACCGGGUGUGGAACCCUCACCCAUGCAACAAAAAAAGAAGCCUGUUUCAACCAUCACUCCUGUGGUUUGCUUUGGAGAAAUACCUUGUGACAAUUGAACGGUUAAGAAAUCUCUUUUGGAUAAAAGCGUUAAAAGCGUCACUACGAACUGUAACGGAGGGAGUGGAAAUGGUGACAUGAUGUAGCAAUAAUGAGGGUUCACCUCUGUGCCUUCAGAGGUCCGAGCGGGUGACGUCAUCGCACAUUUUCUCCCCUGACAUCCUCAGGGAUGUGGCUUUGCAGCUGCAUCAUUAAGCUCCGCUGGUCUUUCAAACAUGCACAUAGUGGACCACGUAACCCUAAUGCAGACAAAAGGAGCCUUGCAUCGCUCUUUGAAUGUAUCAUUCUGCUAUUGUCAGAAGCCUUGAAAAACAUGAAUCUGUUUUUCAGAGUCCCAUAUAUGUUUGACUUCUGUCCACCGCUGAACACAAGUUCACCCUGUGAGUCCUGAAUGUACAACGUUUAAAGAAUUGUCCUCGUGUCGGAGUACCUGCCGGUUUCCCUGUGGCCAUUAACGCUGACCACAGCAGAUGUCUGUCAUGUUUUCAAUAAAAUGCAUUCAGUCUGGUAA